AUGGCUACGGCAGCUGCAUUGGCAGGAUCUGCUGGUGUCCCUCGACUCAGCGGAGAGACUGCUGAUGCAAUUACAUCUGCAUACGUUCAACCGCAGCAUAAAAAAUAUCACGAUCCUUCUGUCACUUUUGAGGAAUAUCAUUACUAUGCAGGUCUUGCACGCGCGGAAGAAGAUGCUAGUGCCAAUAAUGAUAUAGGUGAUACCACUUUCUUUUCUCUGAUUCUUCCACCGAAGAAUCUCAGCGGCCAAGCUCCAGUAAAUUCUGCGGCUGCGGAGGAAAAGUCGAACGGGAAUAGAGAGACUGGUGAGGAAAAGACGGCCGCGGAAAGAGAUGUACAUGAAAUGGCCCAUGGCGAUCGUGCGACGGUCACGAAUGAUGAGUGGACAAAUGCUAGUAGGGCUUUGAGGACGGCUACUUGGUCGGCAGUGUUUUAUCUGAUUACUACGGAUAUCUUAGGUCCUUUUGCCGUUCCUUUUGCACUGGGUGCACUAGGUUGGGGACCUGGUAUUGCACUUUAUACCGUAUUUGGAGGAUUGGCUGUAUAUGGUGGAUUUCUUCUAUACUACAUGUUCCUCGGGCUUGAUUCCCACCAAUAUCCAUUGCGAACAUAUGGAGAUAUAGCAUUUCGGGUUUAUGGAGCCCCUGUUCGGCACGCAGUCAAUAUCCUUCAAUCUAUUCAACUUCUAUUCAAUGUUGGGGUGAUUGUUGUUGGCAAUGGGCAGGCGCUUUCUCAAGUUGCAAAGUUCAAACUCUGCUACGCGAUAUGCUGUCUUGUAUUCGCCCUUGCUGGCUUUUUCCUCGGCCAAGUUCGCACGUUACAGAAGUUCGGUUGGCUAGCCAAUGCAGCCAUCUGGAUGAAUAUGUUCAUCAUAUUCUGUAGCAUGGGAGUCGUUGCACAUAGUGCACCAAAUUACCUCGCUGUAGAUGCUUCAGCUGGCUUUGCGCUUGGUGGUGGACUCGUAACCCCAGAUGCUGCUGGCAACUACCCUCCCGUUACAACAUUUGGUCAUCUUCCUCCUUCAACGAAAGGUUUCACUGGUGCUGUGAAUGGCCUCAUGCAAGCCGUUUAUGCUUAUGGAGGAGCUAUGUUAUUCACAGAAUUCAUGUCCGAGAUGCGCAAGCCGCGAGACUUUUGGAAGGGUAUGAUUUGCGCCCAAGCAUUUAUCUAUAUUCUCUACAUGUUCUACGGAUGUUUUGUCUAUGGCUAUCAAGGUCAAUAUGCCGUGAAUCCGUCUUAUCAAGGGUUAUCCCCCUAUGCGUGGCAGACGGUUAAUAACGUAAUUGCGUUCAUCUCGGCCCUUAUCGCAGCUGGCCUUUACGGUAAUAUCGGCAUCAAAGUCCUAUACAAUAACUUAUUUGUGGACUUUUUGGGUGCCCCACCUCUUAGCUCACAUAGGGGAAAGUUGCUUUGGAUGAGCAUUGUCCCCGUUUAUUGGUCUAUUGCUUACGUUGUUUCCGCUGCCAUCCCGAAUUUUUUCGGUCUCUCAUCCCUCGUUGCAGCUCUUUGUAUUCUGCAAUUCACCUACACAUUCCCGCCUAUCCUUUACGUAGGCUACUGCAUCAAGGCUGAUGCUAUUCUCGAAACAGAAGGUUUCAAUCCUACCACCGGUCAAGUCACACUUACAGAUACGGGUUUCAGAAGAAUCUUGCGAGGUUUCAGAAAGAGAUUCAUUUUGAACACCUGGAAUAUCAUUUACUUUGGUGGUGCGUUGGUUACGGCUGCUUUGGGCGCGUACGCUGCGAUUGAGGCAUUAAUCCAGGCCUUUCAGGAGCCCCAAAUCACGGCCUUUACAUGCAGGAGCCCAGUGAAUGCUGGAUAG